CCUCAGCCUCCCAAGUGCUGGGAUUACAGGUUCUCUGUCAGUGGAGAUGCCAGGAAGGUCUCAGAUAGCAUACGUGAAUGGCAAUGUGACACUCUCCUGCCAAGUCCCUGGCUGCCCCAGCCUGGACACCAGGAUUAUGGGUGUUACCUGGUAUCGGAAGGAUCUGGUGUCUGAAGCAGAAGUCAAGGUGUUUGAGCUUUAUGGAGAUCAGCAAAAUGCAUUCCGAUGUGGGGCCAUGGUGUCUGCACAGAGGCUGAAGAGGGGUGACGCCUCCCUCCAGCUGCCUGGGGUCGGGCUGGGGGAUGCAGGCGAAUACCGGUGUGAGCUGACGGUCACCCCUCAGAAGGCAAAAGGAUGGGUCUUGUUGGAAGUUCUCGCUAAGCCAGACAGCACAGUGUUUCUGGAGAAAACCAAAGUGAGCGGUAAAGGCAGACAUCUUGUGUGUCAGUCAAGCGGGUUCUACCCGGAAGCCAUUAACAUAACGUGGGAGAAGUGGACCCAGAAGGUUCCCCAGCACCAAGUGAUUUCCAAGGACAUCUGUACUGGUCCCACCAUCAAGAAUAAGGAUGGUGUAUUUAGCAUCACCAGCUACUUGAAACUCAAUGCCUCUCUGGAAGACAAUGGGACCAUCUACCAGUGUGUGGUGGAGCACCCAUCCUUGAGCAUCUCCCAGAAGGUGAACUUCACACUGCUUGUGAUAGAAGCUGAGAAGAUAUGUCACACUUGGAUCCUUUUUUUUUCUUGUUUUGGACUGAUUUUAAUGCUUUUUUUAUUUUUGUGUAUUUGGAGAAGGUAAGGGGCUCUGAAAGAAAGUGAAGUCCUUUGUUUUAGACUUUACUCCAAGAGCUCAGCAGCAUGGUCUGAGUGGGGUCAGGGAGUUGAGAGGGUCGGUGCUGGGGUGUUGUAAGUGUGGGGUUGGUUCUUCCUGAUGUGGUGUUGAGGAAGAACUUAGCUGUGGGGCCACCACGUGUUGGCUUAUGACUCUGGGGCGAGGCACCAGUCUCCAUACAAUACAAGCAUCGCUGUGGAUUGAACGUGACCACAUGGGCUCUGACCAGGGCUUUGCGCUACAUGUGGGCCAUGUUCUCAGACACACAGCAACCACAGCUGAAAGAGGGGAAUUCCUUCCCACUGUUGUUCAUGUUUACUCCAAACCUAGUGGGAUAACUCACCACCUAUGGAGAGCGCAGCCAUGUUAACCUGUGAUUCACUCGAGCGGUGUGGACAUGCCGUCGCCCAUAGCAACGGGCUAGUUCAGCUGGUGGUCUGAUCUGUUGCCUAGCAACUGUAACGGUUUUCUUCUGGAAUGUGUGGGCGGUACUCUCGCUCCCGGGAGAGCAUAAAAGGAUGAGGUUCUGUAAUAAAUAAAGCAAAUAACAUGAGAAGAAAAGUGCCUCCCGUCUCUCUGUCCUCGUCCU